CUUUUAACCACUUCCUGUCCGGACACUUUUUCCCCCCUUCCUGUCCAGAGACUUAACCCCUUGCCUACAGGGCACUUAUACCUCUUCCUGCCAGGCACUUGUACCCCCUUCCUGCCAGGCACUUAUAUCCCCUUCCUGCCAGGCACUUAUACCCCCCUUCCUGCCAGGCACUUGUACCCCCUUCCUGCCGGGCACUUAUAUCCCCUUCCGUGCCGGGCACUUAUACCCCUUCCGUGCCGGGCACUUGUACCCCCUUCCUGCCUGGCACUUGUACCCCCUUCCUGCCGGGCACUUAUACCCCCUUCCUGCCGGGCACUUAUACCCCUUCCUGCUGGGCACUUAUACCCCCUUCCUGCCGGGCACUUAUACCCCCUUCCUGCCGGGCACUUAUACCCCCUUCCUGGGCACUUAUACCCCCUUCCUGCUGGGCACUUAUACCCCUUCCUAGCCGGGCACUUAUACCCCCUUUCCUGCUGGGCACUUAUACCCCCUUCCUACUGGGCACUUAUACCCCCUUCCUGCCGGACACUU